GAGGAACAAUCGGCUCCGGGAAGGUCCAGGAGGAGGAGGAGGAGGCGGCGGCGGCAUUCGCAUUGACAUCGCGUUGGCGCUCGAGCGACGGACAGACAGAGAGAGAGAGAGAGAGCAACGGUCGGGGUUUGAAAAAAAAACCGCCGUCGAGCGCGCUGCCGGACCGGCUUCUGGAACGUUCCCUGGACGACCCGCCCGCCCGCCGCCCCUCCUCCUCCUCCACCACAACAACCACCAGCGCCGCCGCCGCCGCCACACCGCGUGCAGCUUCUCCUCGUGUCCAAGUGUGUUCCCGGUCACUCCGUGAGGAGAAGUGCGCGCGCGCGCGCGUGUGUGUGUGAGAGAGAGAGAGAGACGGACAGUAUCUGCGGCUCCUCUGUCCCCUUUCCCCGACUCCGCGGCCACUCUUCGCACACAAUGGCUCAGUUCAACAAAGGUCCGGCGUACGGGCUGACUGCCGAAGUGCGGAACAAGAUUGCUCAGAAAUAUGACCCCCAAAAAGAGGAAGAGCUCCGAAUCUGGAUUGAAGAAGUCACAGGCGUACGCUUGGGUGAGAACUUCCAGAAGAGCCUGAAGGAUGGUGUUGUCCUUUGCAAGCUCAUGAACAAGCUUCAUCCAGAGGUUAUCAGGAAAAUCAAUGAAUCCAAAUUGAACUGGCACCAGCUGGAGAAUAUUGGCAAUUUUAUUAAAGCUAUCCAGCUUUAUGGGAUGAAGCCACAUGACAUUUUUGAAGCAAAUGACCUGUUUGAAAACGGGAACUUGACUCAAGUACAGACUACACUGCUGGCUCUCGCAAGUCUGGCAAAAACUAAAGGCUUUCAUACGAGAAUGGACAUUGGUGUUAAAUACGCAGAAAAACAAGAGAGGCACUUCAGGGAUGAUAAAAUGAAAGCUGGACAAAGUGUAAUUGGACUUCAGAUGGGGACCAAUAAGUGUGCCAGUCAAGCAGGUAUGACUGCCUAUGGGACCAGGAGACAUCUUUAUGAUCCAAAGACUCAUACUGAAAAACCAAAAGAUCAAACUACCAUAAGUCUGCAAAUGGGAACAAACAAAGGUGCCAGUCAGGCUGGCAUGACAGCCCCAGGGACCAGAAGACACAUCUAUGACCAAAAAUUGUCAGCAGAGAAAUGUGACACCUCCACAAUAUCACUACAGAUGGGCACCAACAAAGGAGCCUCUCAGACAGGUAUGACUGUCUAUGGCUUGGGGCGGCAGGUGUAUGACUCCAAAUAUUGCGCAACCCCAACUGAUCUGGUCAUUCACAACGGAAGCCAGGGAACAAAUGGAUCAGAAUAUAGUGAUGGGGAUUACCAAGGUGACUAUCCUGACGAUUAUCCUGUUGAAUACCAGGAAUAUUACCAAGGAGACUACCGUGGUGAAUAUUCUGAUCAAGGUGCUGAUUAUUAAUAAGCAGUGUUACGACACGUUAUGUCUUCAAGAACUAGCUAGGCAGUCUUCCAUAAAUUCUGCUUUAAAGGUCCAAAAAUUGGAUUUUUGGCUUUGCUGUAUACAGCUAAUCCUUAAAUCAGCAAUUUUGCCAUGCUUUCUAUUACUUAUGGCCACUUACUGUUAUAAUUACCAUUAUAAUUACUAAGGAUAAUUCAAUUACUCUGAAUAUUCUUAAAGGAAAUUUCCUGGUACCAAUGUAAAAGAACUUGUUUUUUAAAAAAAUCUUACCUGGAAUAUCCAAUAAUUCUGAAAAGCUUUUUUAAAACAAAAUUGACAACUUGUUAACUUCUCCACACAUUCUACUGAAAUUGUUAGAAGGCUGCCACAGCAUUGUUAAAAUUGGACUUGGCAUUUUCCUUUAUAAGCAAACAACCCUUUUCUUAUACUAAACUGCUAUCAGAUAUAAUGCUACAGCAAAUACUGUGAAAAGCUGAAACAAGUGUAAAUGUGUGUCUUAUAGCUAGCUACUUUUCAGUCUAUGCAUUUUGUAUGUUUUAAUUAAGCUCAGACAGGUUAAAGUUUAUACAGUAUCACUUGCUGGGGCCUUACAUGAAUAUCAAUUUUUAUAAUCUUAAUGUUUGUGAAAAAAUCUUUCAUAUACACAACCUGAAGUGAACACUUAAAUAAAAUGACCCAAUAAAAUGCCUAAUGGGGCCAAAAGCACUGUGUUAGGACAGGAAUCUUAAUGAGCUUAACCUUGCCUUAACCAUUUGCACACUCAAAACCCAUUACACACUAAACUCUUAACAACAAAAUCAGUGUGCAAUGUGGGGUAAUAUAAUUCAAACUAAAUGCACCAAAAUAUUCAUUGUUCAAAACUAUUCAGAUGUUUGUGAAUAAAGAGACUAAAGCUUGUGAGCUUGCUUGAAAACUCAACCAUUCCUUUUCACUAUAAUUAACCAAAUGAAGUGACUGAAGCAAUUUGCAGGUUAGGUGAUUAAAAGACUGUACUAAAAAGGGAGAAUGCAGUUGGCUUUUUAAUUUUCAUAUUGUUGUAGAUUAAAUGUAUUUUACUUAUGUGCCAUAUUUUAUCCAUGUAGGAAUUCUCUUUGUAUUUAUUGCCAUUGUCCUUGGCAUAAGUUCAUGUGUAUGAUCCUUUUUUUGUGAAUUAAAAUUACUAUAGAAAAUAA